AUGACUAAUGUUGGUUUUCUCAUUUUAUUUGGUCUCAGUUCUGUGUUGUUUCCAUGUGAAGGUAUAAGACUUUAUUUUCCCAAUUUAAUUUUAUUUUCUCGCGUUUUUAUAUCCCACUCUUUGCAUGCUUGACUCGCUUGCGAGACAAUCAAUUUUUUUUGUUUCCACACGGCUAUAUAGGUAUUAUCUCCUUUAAUUAUUUAAGUUGAAUGAGUUGUCUUUCGCCAUCCCCAUUGGAUCCCUUCGUGACAAUACAUGAUUGAUGGUCAGACUAUAGGUUGAGGAAGUUUAUCACUUUAUAACCGAAAAAAUCGGGGUUGUUUUCAAAAACGGUGUAUCAUUGUUUCUGAAAGAUCGUAGGACUGUGAAAUGAUUAAGAUGGUACUUCUGAAUGCACGUCACUUGCGAAGGAAAGCUACUUGUUAACCUUAUAGAAGAGUAUUGAUUACUUUGCAAAUUUGUUUUUGAUUAUCGGUUUCAGUUAUUAACUUCUUCAGCCUCAGUCAAAUUCGUCCUGGCCCGCUCCCCCAAGGAAGUUACAUAGUCUGUGAACAACCCAUGUAAAAGAAAUAAUCGUUGCAGUGACUUUUAAACAGUAAAGAAAACGUUUUGUUGUGUAGGGCAAGUCUAUCCACCAUCUAAUCAGAGCACGAUAGUUGUUCUACCUGGAGCAACUGAAAGAUUAAAGUGGUCAUUUGUGGGCGAUCCUGCUCAAGCAUCUCUAGCUUGGUAUUUCACAAGAAGAGGUGGUUCAGAGGCAGAAAAGCUUGCUGUAAAAUUUCGCACUAAUGCCCCUAUAAUAACUAAGAGCAGCUUACCUAGGCUUGCGAUAGAAACGCCAGCAACAUUGGUUUUAAAAAAUGUUGAUGCACGUUAUAAUGGAAAGUACCGGUUGAGCGUUCAACAAACUGGUGGAGGCGUGGAUGCUGAAGUUGAUGUUUUUAUUGCAGGCAAGUUUUCAUAAAGUCUUCCGAUUUAUUUAGAAUUUUAGGAUAAUAUAUUUUUUUAUCAGUUUUCGAGUUGCAUGCAUGUAUAUGGCCAAUUAGCUAUUUCCCAAAGUCCCGGGUCUAGUCGCGCGAAACCCAUGUUAGAUGGACAAAAUAUAUGGCAGCACACAUUUAAAUUAAAUAUUUAAUUUAAAAAGGAAAUAUUUCAUUUUUGGUCGUCUAAAAAAUUGAUAUUUAACAGUAGAUACUUCUACACUUUCACAUAUUUGAGCCUGUCACCAUAUAUUUUGUCCCUCCAAACGAUCCUAGAAUGCGCUGUGAUCUCUUUUGGGAAAAGGCUAAUUCAUCAAGGCAACAUCCUUAGGGGCUGGUCGAUCAGUGUUGGGGGUGGGACUGAAGUAUUCAGGAAAGUAGUGGCCCAAAAUACCUGACUCAUCGCACUUUAUUGGCUCUAAAGUUGGUCAUUAUUGAACAGAUGCGGAUGUUCUUUUCAUCUUUUAAAUAAAUAAAUAAACAUUCGGCUUUGUCUGAUAACACAAACUUGGAGCUUGAUAAUUCUGCAUGUCUUGCUCAACCUCAUUUAAUAAUUGUUAAACUUUUUAAAUAAUGAUUAUGCAAAAUGUGUGCCUCAAUUGUGAUAGCUCACUUCGAUUACCAAAAGUAGUGUACAGGAAAAGUAAUUUUGCAGGAAUAAUUUAAACUAUUUUGCAUAAUUUUAGGCUAUUUUGAACCAAAUAGCCCUACAUUGAAAGUGUUGAUUACAUACGCCCUAGCAUUGUUCCCGCCUUUAAGACUCGAAGGAAGUUAUCCAUCAUACCCUACGCGCUCAAUGUUUAAGGUUUAAGAUUUUUGAAGGAGAGCAUUUGUCGAAUGUAUAUAUAUUAACUACUAUUUUUUACAAUGUCGGCAAACAUUUUAAAUAAAUAAAAAAACCUGGAAUGAAACUACUGUACGUUAGUUUAUUUUGUCAAAUUUUAGGCUUUACUCUGACUAUUUCUACAAAAUACCUUUUAAACUUUUAACGCACAUCGCUUCAUUACAUUUCAGAAAAACCAACCGUGACGUUUAGUUGUUCCAGUCCUAUCAAGGUAGAUGAGGGUGAUAAUGUCACAUGUGCAUGUAGAGGACAAGGUGGAAACCCUCCAGCCAAUGUAAUUUGGUACAAAGAUGGCGUCCAGAUUGGUAGAACCGGAAAAGAAGAACAAACAUUAACUCUCAGGAAUGUUAAUGGAACAGACACUGGAGCAUACAAGUGUGUGGCCCAAAGUCACACUCUAAUUAACUGACGAAGAAUAC